AUGACUAGUCGUUUUCCGACCACAAACAACAACCUCCCAACCACCACAACCACACCCUUCAGAGCUCCAUUUUCUCCAUCCAUCAGAACAUCUCAGAUCGGAGUUGGUCAUUUCUCUAGCACAACUACUGCCACUCCCCAACAUGAGUCUUUUCAAAUUCAUGAUUGGAAAUUUGACACUCUCAAAACACCCAUUCUCAAUCAAACAGAAUCCGAUCAAUUGAAAGAUGAAUUAAAAAUCUUUGCAAUUCCUGAGCAAACAUUUAAUUCUUAUUUGACAAUAACAAAUACAGUCAACGGAUUUGAAUUUCAUUUUAACGCAAAGGACGCUCUUUUGUAUGCAAAGAAUGAAGCAAUUGAUCAAUGCUCACACAUUCAAAGAAUUAAAGUCAAUUGUUACGAAACUUGGAUGAAUAAGAAAAUUCCAAACUCAAAUGACCAACUGAGUGAUGUAAAUGAAAGAGAUGAUGGCAUUGAUUGGACAUUUACAACGUUAUACAAAGGAUCUGUACCAACCAGCAGUGAUGAGAAUGAAAUACCAUCUUGUGCAAUUGUUCCAACAAAAACUCACAAGAUUGACUACGAUUUACUAAAAAGGAAAGAUGAUCCAAUACUAUUUUAUGAUGAAAUUGUUUUAUUUGAAGAUGAAUUGCAUGAUCAUGGCGUUUCCCACUUGACUGCAAAAAUUCGUGUCAUGAAUCAUUCGUUUUAUGUUUUGAUGAGAUUCUUCCUUCGUGUGGAUGGAGUUUGUAUUCGAUGCAUUGAUACCAGACUAUUUCACAAAUUUGGACAAAAUUAUUUGUUGCGUGAAUUCUCAAUUAGAGAAUCAUCAUGGAAAGAUUUGAUGAAUAACCACACUUUUAAUGCUCAGUACAAUAUGGAUCAAACUGUCAUUGGCAACCCAAAUGUCUUGGUUCCAAUUCUCACAUUGAAAGAAGAGACCACUGAUUUGAUUCAACUUAACAGAAUUGAUGCAACCAUUAUGGCUAAUUCAGAUCAAUAA